UGACUUGUGCCUUUAAAACAUUUCCAUUAUUUUGUAGUUCCAAUCAUAGUCUCAAUCAAAAUUUGCGCGACCGUGAAAUUGAAGUUUGUUAUUCAAAUGAUAAUACUUUUAAUUUUUAAGUCUUCCGGUUAUACAAUUUAAGUUGUCAAGAUGUGGGUUUUUUACUGCUGUGUGACAUUAUCAUGGUUUAUAGGUAUAGAUGGAAUAGAUGUAGCUACAAUAUUACCAGCAAACGUAGAAAAAAUGCUGAAUGAGACACGAAGAAUUAUAAAUGGCCAGGAAGUUACAGAUAACAGGCCUUAUAUGGUACAUUUAAAACUGCCAAAAACCAACAAGAAACAGCAGAGCUACCGAACCUGGCUGUGUGGAGGAGUUAUUAUUCACGAGGAGUACAUUUUGACGUCAGCAGCAUGUAUAGAAGACGCUGAACACUUCUUCGUUGUAUCUGGCACAUACAAGUAUUCUGACGACGAUGACAGAUACAAUAACCCAUGUAUUAAAUAUGGUGCUAAAAAAGCCAUUUGGAAGUGUAUCCCUAAAAAUUACGUGUUUGACGGGCAUGAGAACGACAAUAUCAGAUGGAUGAACAACGACAUUGCUGUGGUGAAGAUUGAAGAAGGCUUUGACUUCCAGAGGAGGAUAAGAGGCUGCGACUUCAUACCCAAGCCCGUCUGCUACAACAACCAGAGUCAGACACUCGAAAAUCCUGGCACGGUCGCCACAAUAGCUGGAUGGGGAACCACGUCGCGUUAUAAUGAUUGGGUGAACAGAAGGAAAGAUAACCAGCAAAACCUUCUAGAAGCGCACGUUGAGAUCAUCCCGAAGAACAGAUGCAAGCGUCGCUGGGGCUCCCGCUACCACAACAUCAUUGAGAACUACAUGAUCUGCACCAAGGAUAUCGGGCAGACCAUGUCGGAAAUUUGCAACGAAAAAUAUGUAGAUUGCCAGGACAUCAACUACUCAGAUGAAGAUGAUAUGAGACGAUCGGAGAAGAUCCCAACUAACCUGGUCAUGCAUUCAGCUCACGAUGACCAUCAUGUUGGCAAUGUAUCCAGAAGAUUCCAGGCAGUCACUGAUGGUGGAUUCUGUGAAAACGACCAUGGGGGUCCUCUGAUCUAUGGUGAAGGCGUCAACUCCAUCGUGAUUGGCAUCAUCUCUGCCUGCCUCGUCAAAGAGAGAACGAACAAGUGCUACGGGCCCUUCUUGUACACCAGCAUCUACAAGAAUAGGCAAUUCAUCUCUUGUGCUAUCUACAAGGAAGUUGAACCAAAAUGCAGACGUCAGUUUAGAUCUGGAGUCACUCAUGAAGAGAAAGUGCUGUCAUGGUUGAAUCAUCCUGAUGGCCCAGCGAAGAACGAAAUACCGGUCCAGCCGACCUCCCAAAUAGUGCAGCGAGCUCAUGAGCCCCCGGUGGACGCGACGGGAGACAAGGUCUUCGCGGAGAGUGGGUUCAUUCUCCGAGCAGUGAACGACAGCGUCACGCCGCCUGCGGUGGUCAACGUGACCGCAACUGCUGUGUAAUGUUAACAAUAAAGUUUGAGAUAGUUUA